GCCUGCCGGGGGAAUCGCCGCUGGUGCGAGUGCUGGAGGACGAAUCCCGGAGCCGCCUGGGCCGCUUCAACCAGAAGGACGUCUCCAUGGUCUUCAGCAGCGUGAUGAGGCUGCACCCGUCCAGCCCCCACCCCCUGGUCGAGUCUUGCCUCAGCAGUUUGGAGCGGCACCUGGAGAAGGAGCGCCAUCCCCAGACCCUCUUCCUGCUCCUCUCCUACUACCGGGUGCGGGCGCAGGCGCUGCAGGGACACCCGGCCUCCGACCAGCAGCUGAUCAACAACCGCAAGAUCCUGCGCCUCGUCAGGCACACGCUGGGGCAAGUGAGUGCCAUGCGGGAGCACGAGCUGGCCCUCUUGGACGAGAUGCUGGCUCUGUGCGCCCAGGAGGCGAACAACAAGGCCCUGGAGGCCAUCUUCAGCUCUCAGCUCUUCUACGAGAACCGCCAAGAGCGAUUCAUCCGCAGUAUGGCAGAGUGGCUCCCCAGGAAGGCAGAGAACCUUACCCCCUACACCAUGGCCCUCAUUGCCAAGUACGUGGCCCGGCACCGGCUGCGUGAGCCACGGCUGCUUGAUCCCAUCGCAAACUUUCUCCUGAAGCGUGGGGAGCAGCUCGACAGCAAGGUGAUCCAGAAGCUGGUGUUUCCCUUCAGCCGCAUGAAUUACCGCCCAUCCAACCACAGCGAGCUCUUCCCCAAGCUGGAGGCCAUCCUGGAGCAGAAAGCCGGCAGCUCACCCCUGGCGACU